CUUCCCCAGCCCCUUACCCCUCCUCCCCUCGCUCCUUAAACGGGAUUCCGGCUGGGCGAGCCGCGGGACGGCAUCACUGGGCAUCCCGCGGCUGCUUAGCCCCGGCGGAUCUGUCAGGUCCCCGCUGUCCCUCCCCGCACACACACGCUCAGCCCGACCCGGAAAGCAGGAAAAAUAAUUGACAAGGUUCCCCCUUACUCCUUAGCUCCUCGCCCUUAGGUCCCUAGUAGAAAAAAAAAACCAAAAAAACCCCCAACAAAUCGCCUCUGCUGAGAAGGGGGGACUUAUUAAAAAAAACCGGUGGUGAAGGGGAAGAACCGCUCCGUGGGGGCGGCACCCCCUAAAGCAGCCCCCACCCGCCCCCGGGAGGGUGAUGAGGUAGAGCCUGGCGGCGGAGCCCCCCGCCGGGAGCCGUGGAGGGCAUGAGGCGGCGAGCGGCGGGGAUGGGCGGCAGCGCACGGUGCUAGAGCCCCGGCAGCAGCCAAGGUCCGAGAGAGUGGUAGCCUGUAGGAUACGGUGGGAUCUAGUUUUCAAAAUGGAAUUGCAGCUGGCUCUCCUUUUCGCAGGGAUAAUUGCAUUUUCGGACUCGGCGAGAGGUCCCCCAAGGAUUGCUGACAAAGUGAUUCACCGUCAGUCUGUGAGGUUGGGGAGGACCAUCAAGCUCCUCUGCCCGGUGGAAGGUGACCCCCCUCCUCUGACCAUGUGGAUGAAGGAUGGACGCACUAUCCACAGCGGCUGGACGAGGUUCCGGAUCCUUCAGCAAGGGCUGAAAAUCAAGGAGGUGGAAAGUGAAGAUGCAGGAACCUACAUCUGCAAAGCCACCAACGGCUUCGGCAGCACCAACGUCAACUACACCCUCAUCGUCAUUGAUGAUGCCAGCUCAGGGAAGGAUAGCCAGGUACCUGAAGGCUCCAAUGGAGAAUAUGAAGAUCAUUCUGGGAAGCAAUGGGCCCGACCCCGUUUCACCCAACCUGCCAAGAUGAGACGAAGAGUGAUCGCCCGUCCUGUUGGCAGCUCCAUCCGCCUGAAAUGCGUGGCCAGUGGGAACCCCCGGCCUGACAUCACGUGGCUGAAGGACAAUAAGCCCCUGACACCCCAAGAGAUUGGGGAGAACAAGAAGAAGAAGUGGACGCUGAACUUGAAGAACCUCAAGCCAGAGGACAGUGGGAAAUACACCUGCCGAGUCUUUAACAAAGUUGGGGAAAUCAACGCAACGUACAAAGUUGAAGUAAUCCAGAGGACGAGGUCCAAACCUAUCCUGACAGGGACACAUCCUGUCAACACCACAGUGGACUAUGGUGGGACCACAUCCUUCCAGUGCAAGGUCCGCAGCGACGUCAAACCCGUCAUCCAGUGGCUAAAAAGGGUGGAAUAUGGCACAGAGAGCAAGUACAACUCAACCAUUGAUGUUGGAGGACAGAAGUUUGUUGUGCUGCCCACGGGGGAGGUCUGGUCUCGUCCUGAUGGUUCCUACCUGAACAAACUGAUGAUUACUCGGGCCAAGGAAGAGGAUGCAGGGAUGUACAUCUGCCUAGGAGCAAACACCAUGGGCUACAGCUUUCGCAGUGCUUUUCUCACAGUCCUGCCAGAUCCCAAGCCUCCCAGUGCACCUGUGCCCCCUUCCUCAGCCAGCAGCCUUCCCUGGCCCGUCAUCAUAGGAAUCCCUGCAGGAGCUGUCUUCAUCUUUGGGACAAUCCUCUUGUGGCUUUGCCAGACCAAGAAGAAACCUUGUUCCCCACCAGCUGCUGCCCCCGUGCACCGACCACAGCCCCGGGACAGGAUUUGUGUCUCCCAAGUCCCCGACAAAGACUGCAUCUCCUCCAUAAACUACGAGGAAUACGUCGCCCAGCAGCAGCAUCUACUGUCCCAAGGGCCUGCUCUGGCCCCAGCCAUGGCAUCCAAAAUGUACCCAAAGAUGUACACGGACAUCCACACCCACACCCACUCCCACGUGGAAGGCAAAGUCCAUCAGCACCAGCACAUUCAGUACCAGUGCUGAGAGGGUGGCCCUGUGGCUCCUUCGAGCUUUUCCUCCUGGUACCUCAGAAGAGACUGCUCCAAGUCAGCUCACACUGCCAGCAACAGGCAAAGCAGACAGAAAAGAUUAUAUAUAUAAUUUUAAAUAUAUAUAUAUACAUAUAUAUAUAAUUGUAUAUGCGUGUGUGUAUGUGUGUAUAUAUAUAUGUGUAUAUAUCUAUAUCUAUCUAUAUAAAUAUAUAUAAUAGAGAAAGACAGAGAGAGAAAAGAGAUUUUUUUUUUUUUAAUUAUUGCAAUCAGGAUGUAGCCAAGGAAUAAUGAAGGAACUCCAAAUCUCAGCAGAGAAGCAGCCACCCCCAUCAGCAGAGCCUUCCUGGAUACUAUUUAAGUGGCAACAAGUGAGACAGGACACAGGGACAUGAACCACCACCUCCUUCCUUGGGUUGCUAAAAGGAGCAUGAAGAGCAAGAGGCAGUCGUGGUGCUUUUACAGAUGGGCAUUGCUGUUCCUGUGCCUGCUGCAAAUCUCUUAUUUUGGAGGGAAGUCCCCAAACCUGGCCCACUCAGGAACAUUCAGGAGAACCUGUUCCCUCUGAGUGACUUGAGCUCUUAAGUACCCGAGGUUUAGUGCCAAAGCACUAGAAGACAUAACCAACUCACCUCUUCCAAGGGAAAAAAAUAACAGAAAAAAUUAAUUUCUUUUCACCAUGCAAAAUUCUGGGUGCUCCUCAUUCACCACCAUUUGGUCUGAAAUUCCAACUGAGCUGCUUUGGUCCAUUUCUGCAAGUUGGAUGCAUUUCCCACAGAGGGUUCUUCAGAUCUGACUGCAAGUGCUCUGCUCCCUGGUCCUAGGACUCAGUGUCACUGCCAGGAAAAAGGAGAGAAGGAAAGAGGAACAUUGUACAGAACAACUUUAUAUUUAUAUUUAAGAAAUAAUAAUAAUUAAUAAUAAUAAUAAUUGAACUGCUGAUGAUGAAGAAGUAAAAUAUGCUGUCCUUCUCUGAUGGCUCACAGUGACAAGCUACUGGAUUUUCUACAUCAAUGCAAAAUACACAAAAAUAUUAGAAAAAAAAAAGUAAGAAACAGAGAAUGAAAUAAUAAUCUUGUAGGAAAAAAUGCAUUUGAGAAAUAUUCACCUAGGUUGUGUGUGGUGGUCCCCUCCCCUCAGAUAACAUUUUGGAAAUGCUACAACUUCAUUGCAGUUCAAACAACAGUAAGAAGAGAAAAUAAAUAAGGACCAUAUUAAAUAACUAUAUGGACUGGAAAUGAAUCCAGUUGCAAAUAUAAAACCUUUGUAAUUCUAUAUAGAGUUUAAACAGAAGUCAUGUAUAUUUAAUUUAUUUUGUUAAACAAGAAAAAAAAAAUGUAUGAUAUUUUCCUUGAAACAGGCAUUUCUAUACGUAUUUUUGAUCAAAGAAAAUAAAAGUGGUUUUUUUUCAGGUUCUAUAGAUGCCAUA